AUGUCAAGAAUCGCGGUGCUUAAAAAUGUUUCUGCCAUGCAUACUCCAUUCUUAAAUGCUUCAAGGUUGUUCUCUACCACAAGAUACUCGUUGACUGACUCCAAUACAGUCGAAACCCACUCUCACUCACAUGCGCCGGAACAAGCACCUGUUGAAUCAGAGCAACUUCAAGAAGUGGAUGAAUUUAUGGUGUUUCCAGAUAUUAGAGACAUCUUGCCAACAGAUUUAGUAGGUUCAAAAGUUUUCAAUUCAAAGCAAUAUUUCAUUGAAAGGUCGGCCACUGGUAAUUUACCAAUAUACUCUGAAUACAAAAAAGCUGGACAUGUGGCAUACACAGAGAUAAGAAAAAUACAUGGUAAUGUUCUUCAAUUUAGAAAAGAAUUACAAAACGCAGUGCCUUCCAUAGAUCCAGAUUCAUUCAGUAUAAGACAACAAGCUAAUAAAUUGAUAAUAAAAGGUAAUCAUACAGAUCUUUUGAAGAAACUAUUGUCAACUAAGUUUUGA